ACGCCCCCUAACUAGGCAGCCAAUCAGGACGUGGGCUGCUGGUUUCUCCAUUGUGAAGCUUCAGCGUUUGAUGGUUUGUGUCCUGGGAGUCUGGUUAGUACCAGGGGAAGCCUAGUGGGUCUGGCGCUCCGUUUUCAAGACACUCGGAGUCCGUAUUUGUCUGAGGGGAAAGGUCAUGGACCUGAAACCACCUCCUGCCACCCAGCCUGCUCCCAACGCGCUAGCUACCCCAGGCGCCUCCCCUACCACAGAUGAUCCAGAUGCUUCAGCUGCCCCAGGUUCUCCCACUACCACAGGUGGUCCAGGUGCCCCAGCUGAGGUGCCCAAAGAGCCGCAACAGCCUACACAGACACCAGAGGAAUUAGCAUUUUACGCCCCAAACCACCUAUGUUUGACCAUCUUUGGUAUACUUUUAUUCCCUCCAUUGGGAUUGGCAGCUUUGUACUUCUCUCACCAGGGUUCCUGGACACAGAAACCCACAUCUAUGCUUCCGCCCCUACAGACUAUGAAGGCCAACCAGAACAGCAAAUGGGAAGAGGCUUACAUCAACUCAGGCCGAACUGGUUGGUUUGGUGCAUUCGCGGUAAUGAUCGGCUUAGGCAUCAUUUAUGGCUUGGUCCUAUAUUAAUGAAGGCUAGGCAUAGCAACCCAGGGGUCCGCUCCCCAACCGAGCCACUCACCAAAACACUAACCAGCCAAGUCAGCCAUCAGGCAAGAAAUUCAACCGCUGAGACAUCUAGCCAAGAAAUCCUCCAACCAAGGAACUCAACAUUCAAGAAACCCACCAACCCAGGAACACCCAGACCACCUGCCUGUGCUACUUCAACUCACUCAGCUCCAGAGCUGUCUUCAUCCACCCUAGGGGCCCACACUUCAUGCCCUAGAUCCCUUUAGCUCCUUGAACUGGGCUGUUCUUUCAGAGGAAUCUUUAAACCAAAAAACUGGAAUAGAAUGUUUUGGUUUCCUGUGG